ACUCUUUGCUGUGACCUCAGAGAGAAAACAUGCCCGAACCCGCCAAGUCUGCGCCCAAGAAGGGCUCCAAGAAAGCGGUCACCAAAACCGCCGGCAAAGGAGGCAAGAAGAAGAGAAGGACCAGGAAGGAGAGCUACGCCAUCUACGUGUACAAGGUGCUCAAGCAGGUCCACCCCGACACCGGCAUCUCCUCCAAGGCCAUGAGCAUCAUGAACUCGUUCGUCAACGACAUCUUUGAGCGCAUCGCCUCCGAGGCUUCCCGUCUGGCUCACUACAACAAACGCUCCACCAUCAGCUCCAGGGAGAUCCAGACCGCCGUGCGCCUCCUGCUGCCCGGUGAGCUGGCCAAGCACGCCGUGUCCGAGGGAACCAAGGCGGUCACCAAGUACACCAGCUCCAAGUAAACCUGCUGCUGCUGCUGCUGCUGCUGCUUGGACACAACAACACAACGGCUCUUUUAAGAGCCACACACCAACACUCAAGGGCUACACUCCUGUUACCUCAAUGUGUCUGGUUUUCAAAACUAAAGAUUUGGUUUUUAGGUGUGAUGAAGCAACAAGUUAACUUGUAAUGUGGGAAAACUGAAAUGUUUCACUUAUGUUUUAUAAAUCUUUCCGUUGUGGCCAAAUUAUGACACCAACGGUACAUGAGAACAGGAUUUAAUUUCCAUGCAUUUAUUUAUUUUUUUAUUUCAAUAUCAUUAAAGAAAAUGCUCUGAAAGCAGAGCGGCUCAAUGCAUAAUGACCAGUUUGCUCCAGUUCUACUUUUUAGAUUUUAUCUAAUGAACUUUUUUUUUUUUACAUUUCUGGUUUUAAAGAGAUCUUGCUAAAAUCUCAAAUCAUCCAAAAAAUGUAAAACGUUUUGCCUGAUCAGUCCUUUAGUUGUAUCUUUUGACGAUUCCAAACAGAAAUUGAAUGUAAAUUUUAAUUUAUGUACAAUAUUUAAAAUAAAUUCCUGACUCAUGUCUGCUAUACAGAACUCAAAAGCAGGUUGUAAAAAUAUUUGCAGCAUAAAUGGUGACUAUAUUGAAACUUCCUUCCUGGAGCAUUUCUGUUCUGGUUUAGCUGAAGGCUUUUAUUUUGGCAGUCGUCCUGAUCUUUGUGUAUAAAGUUGUGUAUCUAUUGGUUACCAAUAGAUGCAUAUGAUCUGCAACACACAAAUCAUCUCAUCUGAAAGCUGUAUAAAGGUGGAUUUUAUUCAAAUAAAAUUUGUUUAAACU